GUGCUAAAAUACCGGGUUGAAUAACUUCUCAUUACAAUAAUUAAAAAGUUAAUAAAUGUUUAGUUGUUUAUAAAAAUGGUACAAUUAUUUAGUUUUUUACUUAAAGCCACCAAAAAGCCACCACGAGCUCACAUGAGAGGCGGCAAUGUUUUCCUAGACACUUUACGUUUAACAGUUAAAGGAGGUCAUGGUGGCAAUGGUAUACCCAAAUAUGGUGGUAUUGGUGGCCAGGGAGGCUGUGUCUACAUAGAGGCCAAGGAAGGUGUAACCCUAAGAAAUUUAGCUCAAAAGUAUAAGGAAAAAAAGGCAGCCGCCUCUAGUGGCGAAGACAGCAGUAAGGUGCGUAUUUUAGGCAGACGUGGAGUAGAUGAGAAAAUUGAAGUUCCUGUGGGUGUACAAAUCUAUGAUGAAACGGGUAAUCUUGUAGCAGAUCUUAAUGAACCCGGUUCGUCGUGUAUUGCAGCUGGUGGUGGCUUGGGUGGUUGUACCGGGACAAAUUUCCUGGGGAAACCAGGUGAACACAAAGUAGUCAAUUUGGAUUUAAAGCUAAUUGCUGAUGUGGGUUUGGUGGGCUUUCCAAAUGCCGGCAAAAGUACGUUUUUAAAGGCGAUUUCGAAUGCAAAGCCCAAAAUAGCCUCAUAUCCAUUUACCACCAUUAGACCGCAAAUUGGCACAGUAAACUACAGCGAUUUACGCUCCAUAACUAUAGCCGAUUUACCCGGUCUAAUUGAGGGUGCUCAUGCCAAUUUCGGCAUGGGCCAUAAAUUCCUCAAGCACAUAGAACGCACACGUCUAUUGCUAUUUAUGGUUGAUGUAUUUGGUUUUCAAUUAAGCGCCAAACAUGAAAAACGUGAUUGUAUACAAAACAUUUUUGCCCUCAACAAAGAAUUGGAACUAUAUGAUCCCACAUUGCUGGAAAAACCAUGUGUUUUAUUGUUAAAUAAAAUGGAUGUAACAGGUGCCAGUGAAAUACUUAAAAACAGUAAGAAUUCCAUAGAAAAUCUUGAAAACAAAUUAAUGGAAUGCCCGCCAGAAAUAAGACCCGAAAAGGUAUUGAAAUUUGAGCGUAUAAUACCAAUAUCGGCCAAAAAUGCUUCUAGAAUAUCUGAAGUUAAAAAGGAACUGAGAAAAGUUUUAGAUGAACAGGCCGAAAAGGAACAGUUGACCGAUGAGUUUGAGCUGAAAGAAACAUUGAGGAGAAAAGUGUUUGAAAGAGGACCUAAAAUUACAUAAAUUACAUUUUAAGUUUUAAGGUGAGCU